AUGAUUUCAAAAAGCAAGAGGAAAAAUGUUUAUGUUUAUGAUAUACACAAAAAUAUUUAUGUGGUUUCCAGAGAGUUUGUAGACAUAUUGUCUAAUGCCACAUCGAACACAGAAGAUUCAGACUCUCUUGGCUCAGACUUACAGGAAAUAAUUGACUCUCCACCUGCAGAGAAAACAAACAAACUGAAAAGUAAACUGAAGGAGUUAGAUAAUGUUACACUUAACAUUGCUAUAACUGGGAUGACAGGGGCAGGGAAGUCUUCCUUUGUCAAUGCCCUCAGAGGCCUUCCUAAUGAUGAUAAGAACGCAGCUCCCACAGGAACAACUGAGACUACCAUGAAGCCCAACAUGUACCCACAUCCCUCCAUGCCAAACGUGAAGAUCUGGGACCUGCCUGGAAUUGGUAGUCCAAAAUUUAGAGCAAAGAAGUACCUGAAAGAUGUCAAUUUCCACACGUAUGACUUAUUUCUCAUAGUGACCUCUGAAAGAUUUAAGGAGAACGACAUCGAGCUGGCCAGAGCCAUCAAGAAGAGCAAGAAGCUAUUUUAUUGUGUUCGCACUAAAAUUGACAACGACAUUCGUGCUGAAUCACACAAAAAAAACUUUGAUGAGCGGAUGUUGCUCGAAAACAUCCGAGAGGAUUGUAAGGCAAACCUAUUGAGAGUCGGAAUACCCAAAAUAGUCCUAGUCUCUUCAUUUAACUUGGAAAAAUAUGACUUUCAGAAGCUGAUCAACACCCUCGAAGAUGAACUUCCAGAGAACAAGAAAUUUGUUCUCGUUCAGUCUCUGCCUGUUUAUUCUCUAGAGGCCCUCACAAAGAAGAAGACAUACUACAAGAAAAUGAUUUGGCUAAAUUCAUUUGCGGCCGGCGUCAGGGCGAUAGCUCCCAUCCCGGGAUUGUCACUGGCCUGUGAUUACGGCAUCAUGAAGAAGUUUUUUCAGCAAGUCUUCACAGGCUUCGGUUUAUCAAAUCAGGCUCUAGAGGCGCUAUCAGAACGAGUGAACAAACCAGUGGAGCAGCUAAAAGCCGCUAAGACAUCACAUCAGAGUUAUUAUCAGAGUUAUUACAAAUCAUAUAAUGACUCUGUUGUUGCAGAAGAUAUGUCUUUUAGGAUUGAAAAUAUAAAGUAAUCAUACUAAUUGUACUCUUUUUUUUUUUUGUAAUUAUCA